CAGCUCUCUCCCGUCUCUGGCAGACUCUCUUGAUGUUUUAUUUUCUGGCUCAGAAGACCACCACCUGACCCUAUAGGCUGAAGCUGACAUGGCUCCAGGAAAGGAAAGUAAUGGUCUUGACAACUAUGAAUUUGCACAUGAAGGGCGCUUCUGUGACCUACCUGACACAAAACAUGUAGAAGAAAUGGACACGUCAUGUCACAUGGAGGGACACAGCAACAAGCUUGCAUAUUGUGUAACAGAUGUACCUCCCUGGUACCUGUGCAUCCUUCUAGGCAUCCAGCACUGUUUGACUGCAUUUGGAGGUAUCAUCGCCAUCCCGUUAAUCUUGUCUCAGGGGCUGUGUCUGCAGCAUGACGGUGUCACCCAAAGCCACCUCAUCAGUACCAUAUUCUUUGUCUCUGGUAUUUGCACUCUGUUGCAAGUUACCUUCGGCAUUAGACUGCCCAUUCUACAAGGUGGUACAUUCACUUUGCUGGCACCUUCCAUGGCACUGCUGUCCAUGCCAGAGUGGACAUGUCCUGCUUGGACCCAAAAUGCCAGCCUAGUCAACACCUCCUCCACAGACUUCAUAGAGGUGUGGCAGAGUCGAAUGAGAGCACUACAGGGGUCCAUUAUGGUGGGCUCACUCUUCCAGGUGUUUGUUGGUUUCUCCGGCCUCAUCGGCUUCUUCAUGUGCUUCAUUGGACCUCUCACCAUUGCUCCCACCAUCUCUCUCAUUGGACUGUCCCUGUUUGACUCAGCUGGUACCAGUGCUGGCAAUCACUGGGGCAUCUCUGCCAUGACCACAGCACUGAUCAUCCUGUUCUCACAGUACCUCCGUCACAUACCUGUACCAUUUCCUACAUACAGCAAGGAUAAAAAACUGCACACCUCCCGUGUCUAUGUUUUUCAGAUCCUCCCUGUUCUGCUUGGAAUCACUUUGUCUUGGCUGAUCUGCUACAUUUUGACAACCUACAAUGUACUUCCUUCUGAACCAGACCGGUACGGUUACCUGGCCCGCACUGAUCUAAAGGGAGAUGUUAUAAGCCAAACUCCUUGGUUCACUUUUCCAUACCCAGGUCAGUGGGGGUUGCCGACUGUGAGCCUGGCAGGGGUGGUUGGCAUAUUAGCCGGUGUGAUCUCCUCCAUGAUAGAGUCUGUUGGGGACUACCACGCUUGUGCCAGGCUAUCUGGGGCUCCACCUCCCCCCAAACAUGCUAUCAACAGGGGUAUUGGCAUUGAGGGACUGGGCUGUCUGCUGGCUGGAGCCUGGGGUACAGGAAACGGUACCACUUCAUACAGUGAGAAUGUCGGAGCCCUCGGUAUUACAAAGGUUGGCAGUCGCAUGGUGAUAGUAGCCAGUGGAGUCUUGAUGGUUGUCAUGGGUAUGUUUGGUAAAGUGGGCGCUGUAUUCACCACUAUCCCGUCACCUGUGAUAGGAGGGAUGUUCAUGGUUAUGUUUGGCGUCAUCUCUGCAGCAGGAGUUUCCAAUCUUCAGUAUGCAGAUAUGAAUUCGUCUCGAAACAUCUUCAUUUUUGGCUUCUCCAUGUUCUCUGGUCUGGUCAUUCCUAACUGGAUAUUAAAAAACCCAACAGCUAUUGCUACAGGUAUGGUCGAACUCGACCAAGUGCUGCAGGUACUUCUGACAACCAGUAUGUUUGUAGGAGGUUUCUUUGGCUUUAUACUGGACAACACAAUUCCAGGAUCAAAGCAUGAACGAGGCAUCCUUGCCUGGAACAAGGCUCACGAGGAUGACUCCAGCAACACACUGGAGAGCGGAGAAGUUUACAACCUUCCCUUUGGCAUCAGUUCUUACUUGUCUUCUUCAUCCUGGCUCCUGUACAUACCUUUCUGCCCUCCUGGUGUGCCCAGCUCCCUGGAUAGAUGCGGGGCAGAUACCAAUGCCCUGGGGCCUAAGCAGCCACUGGGACAACUAGGGCCUUCACAGACCAUUAUUGGAGUUGCACUGUGAGUGGUCACUUCAUCACCAUCCGAGGCAGCUCAGUUUGGACCUCCUGUCCUUUUGUUAAAGACACUGUACUGUGAUAACAUGGUGCAAAGUAUUUCACAUGAUUUUUUAAAGUGAUAUUUGCAAAUUACAUCUUGCAAGAUUAAUAUAUGGACAUGGAGACAUUUUGUAUUCAGAGUUUAUCACUGUUCAGUAUAAACAAUGUCUUUUUUGGUUUCAAGCUUGAUUUUUAACUUGUUCGAUCUUAUCAGUUUUAGAUUGCAAUCACAGCCAGGUGCUAGUGAACACUGUGAAUGUAAGUAGAUCCAUGAUGUUUGUUGCUGCAUUCAGUACAUAAAUCCAAUGUAUCGUU